AUGUUUCUUUUCCCAAGCAGUAGCCGCCGCCGCAGCAGCCGCAGCAGCCGCAGCAGCCGCAGCAGCCACAGCAGCUUCAGCAGAGACACCAGUACCAGCAGCAGCACCAGCAGCAGCAGCUUACCUAGUGAUACAGGGAGCAGCAGCUUACCUAGUAAUAUUGGCAGCAGCAGCGAACUCUCUAGCAGCAGCAGCGGAUUCUCUAGCAGCAGCUUACCUAGUGUUACAGGCACCAGCAGCGGAUUCUCUAGCAGCAGCUUACCUAGUGUUACAGGCACCAGCAGUGGCUUCUCUAGCAGCAGCUUACCUAAUAAUAUAAGCAGCAGCAGCGGCUUCUCUAGCAGCAGCAACAGCAGCAGCAGCUUACCUAGUGAUACAGGGAGCAGCAGCUUACCUAGUAAUAUUGGCAGCAGCAGCGGAUUCUCUAGCAGCAGCAACAGCAGCAGCAGCAGCAGCUUACCUAAUAAUAUAGGCAGCAGCAGCGACUUCUCUAGCAGCAGCAACAGCAGCAGCAGGUUACCUAGUAAUACAGAUGGCAGCAGCAGCCUCUCUAGCAGCAGCAGCAAACCUAGUAACACGGGCAGCAUCAGCAACCACGGCAACAACAGCCCCAGACCUAGCAACAGGGGCAGCAUCAGCAACCACCCCAGACCUAGCAACAGGGGCAGCAUCAGCAACCACGGCAACAACAGCCCCAGACCUAGCAACACGGGCAGCAUCAGCAACCAUGGCAACAGUGGGCCCAGACCUAGCAACACGGGCAGCAUCAGCAACUACAGCAAUAGUGGCUCCAGACCUAGCAACACGGGCAGCAUCAGCAACCACAGCAAUAGUGGCUCUAGACCUAGUAACACGGGCAGCAUCAGCAACUACAACAACAGCGGCCCCAGACCUAGCAACAUGGGCAGCAGAAGCAGUCAAAGCAGCAGCAGCAGCAGUAGCAGCAGCAGCAACAGCAGCAGCAGCAGUAGCAGCAGCAGCAACAGCAGCAGCCAUGGCAACAGUGACCCCAGACCAAGUAACACAGACAGCACAAGCAGCCGAAGCAGCAGCAGCAGCAGCAGUAGCAGCAGCAGCCAUGGCAACAGUGACCCCAGACCUAGUAACACAGGCAGCAGAAGCAGCCGAAGCAACAGCGGCCCCAGACCUAGCAACACAAGUAGCAGCAGCAGCAGCCACAGCAAUAUCCAUACAAGCCGCCGCAGCAGCAGUAGCAGCAGCAGCUAUAGCAGCAGUAGCAGCAGUAGCAGCAGCAGCGGCAGCAGCCACAGCAGCAGCAGCAGCUAUAGCAGCAGCCGCAGCAGCAGCAACCACAGCCGCACUCCAAGAGAAUGA